AUGAGUGAAGCUGACACUACCAAUGCCUCCGGCGUCAUUGCCAGCAGCGCCGAACGUAUGGUUGGUGCUGAGCACGCUGAAGUGCGUUAUUUCACCAGCUACGAUCAUCACGGUAUCCACGAGGAGAUGCUGAAAGAUGAUGUUCGCACACGCUCCUACCGCGAUUCUAUCUACCAGAACCGUCACAUCUUCAAGGACAAGGUUGUGCUCGAUGUUGGCUGCGGAACUGGUAUUCUGAGCAUGUUCGCUGCCCGCGCUGGUGCCAAGCACGUGAUUGGUGUCGACAUGUCCUCUAUCAUUGAGAAGGCCAGACAAAUUGUUGAUGUCAACGGUCUGAGUGACAAGAUUACCCUUUUGCAAGGCAAGAUGGAGGAGGUCCAGCUUCCUUUCCCCAAGGUUGAUAUUAUCAUCUCUGAGUGGAUGGGUUACUUCCUGCUCUACGAGUCCAUGCUGGACACUGUCCUGUAUGCCCGUGACACCUAUCUUGCCGCUGAUGGCAAGAUCUUCCCCGACAAGGCGACUAUGUACGUCGCCGCUAUCGAGGACGGCGAGUACAAGGAUGACAAGAUUGGAUUCUGGGACAAUGUCUAUGGCUUCAACUACAGCCCGAUGAAGGAGAUUGCUCUCACUGAGCCUCUGGUUGACACCGUUGAGAUGAAGGCUCUGGUUACUGAGCCUUGUGAGAUCAUCACCUUCGACCUCAACACUGUCACCACUGCCGACCUUGCCUUCAAGGUCCCAUACAAGCUCACUGCGCACCGCUCUGACUUCAUCCACGCUCUCAUUGCCUGGUUCGACAUUGACUUCAGCGCUUGCCACAAGCCAAUUCACUUCUCCACUGGCCCUCACGCCAAGUACACACACUGGAAGCAGACUGUCUUCUACCUCCGUGAUGUUCUCACCGUGGAAGAGGGCGAGUCUGUCUCGGGUGUUUUGGAGAACCGUCCCAACGACAAGAACAAGCGUGAUUUGGACAUCAACAUCUCUUACAAGUUUGAUGUGGAAGAUCCCACUCGCUCUGCUGAGGGAAGCUGCUUCUAUCGCAUGUGCUAA